AACAUUGCAGAAUGAUCCGCCAAUAAGCGGCUCGUGUUUUGUUAAAAAAUAUAAGAUUCGAGUUGAAAUACUCUGUAAAGAUCCCAUAUACGGUGAUCUUUUCAAACAAGCAUCGAAUCUGACAAUGGAAGACAAAAGCCAACGGAACACGAUUAUAUUCAACGCUUCAAAAAGAGAAUUAUUUACCAUCAACAGCGGUUUCAAAACUCUGAACAGAAAACUGCGGACGAGUUGGAAAGUCACCAGCAACAAAGAAGACAUAUCAGAAGAGAAGCUAGCGCCUGCCAGAGUUUUCAUUUUAGCUGCACCCAGAGAAAAGUUCACCGCAGCAGAGUUCGAUGCCAUCAAGAAAUAUGUUGGAGAUGGUGGUAGCUUGCUGGUGUUGAUGAACGAGGGUGGCGAAAAUAAACUCAACACAAAUGUCAAUUUCUUACUGGAGGAGUAUGGCGUUUUUGUCAAUAAUGAUGCAGUGGUUAGAACAUCUUACUAUAAAUACUUCUACCCUAAAGAGGCAUUAAUAUCAAAUGGUGUUUUAAAUAGAGCUAUAAGUCAAGCAGCUGGAAAAGUCAUCCCAGGUUUGAAUGAAGAGGAGGCCAAUAACACACAAGCACUAACUUUCCUUUAUCCAUAUGGAGCCACGUUGAACGUGAUGAAGCCGUCCGUAGCAGUACUGUCCUCCGGAAGCGUCUCAUUUCCACUGAAUCGACCGGUCUGUGCAUUGUAUAAAUCAAAGUAUGGUGCGGGUAAGAUAGCCGUCCUUGGAUCCGUCCAUAUGUUCUCUGACCAGUACAUAGAUAAGGAAGAAAAUUCAAAGAUUAUGGAUGUGAUUUUCAACUUUUUAACAACAAACGACAUCAAGCUGAAUGUAAUAGACGCUGAAGAUCCAGAAAUCCAUGACUACAACAUGCUGCCAGAAGUUGGAACAUUAGCGGGAAUGGUAAAGACAUGUCUGCAGGAGAGCGAUGAAGUGCCAAGAGAUAUCACCACAUUGUUUGAUAAUGCGCUAUUCAAACUGGACACGAGUACAGUGCCAAAGGCUAUCAAGGCUUUUGAGACGUUACGAGUGAAACAUGAGCCGUUGACUUUGAUCACACCUCAGUUUGAGACUCCAUUACCACCCUUGCAGCCAGCUGUGUUUCCGCCCCAGUUCAGAGAGCUGCCUCCACCCUGUUUGGACCUAUUCGACCUCGAUGAACAGUUCUCCUCCGAGAAGGUCAGGCUCGCACAGAUCACAAACAAAUGUUCUGACGAUGAUCUUGAGUACUACGUUCGUGAGUGCGGUGAUAUCCUUGGAGUGGCACAGAAGCUGCCGCAAGACUGUCGGGACGCUAAACACAUGCUUGAAUACAUCUUAGCACAAGUGGUGGAAUUCAAAAAAUUGAACCAGGACCGAGAUGACGAUGCUGUCCAAUAUGGUGGAGGUGAAGCUAUGGGAGGUGACUGAGAUGUUUAAAGACUUAGAAGAGACUAUCACUUAAAUGACUAAACAUUGACUACUCGGGGUAGUCGAGGACAUGGUAUCCUUGGAUUUGAACGGUGCUGAUCUGCAUAUUUUCAUGUAAAAAUGAGCAGAUCAGAGGCUGCAAUUCAGCAAAUGUUAACCUCGACUGGUCUAGGUUGGAUAUGGUAGAGUGAUCAUUGUCAAAGUAGAUUAUUUCCAAGAGUAAAGAAUCUGUGUAGCUUGGUAUCUAAUGUUGGGUAUCAAAGAUGUUGUGAAAAACUUCAGUGUUGCAUACCUUUGAAUCUCUUGCAGUUCCUAUACCACUUUAUUUUCAAUUUACCAAGUUUGACAGGCCUGUGCUCUACCUAAUUUGACACUGAUCAUGCAUUAGAAGCAAGCUUAGUGAUUUUAUGAGGAAACCUAUUCUCCGAUACCGAUACACUGAGGUAUUUGGUGUGACCAGAAACAAAACAAGGAGUUGGAUUUUUCUCGCUUGCCAUCUGUUUCUGGUGUGACUGAUUCUGACUGUUUAUGAAUAGAAUUUAGAAGGAAUCCUUGUGUAUGCAUACUUAAUUCACAAGAACAUUUAUAUCAUUAUAUUGUGGCCAGAACUUAAGUGAGAUUAUCAGUUUAGCAUUUGUUGAUGCGUUCUUUGAAAAACAUAAAACUGUCCAUAUUUGAAGAUAUUCUGAAAGUUAUAGUACCAUGCAUAUCACUGGCAAAAGUUAAGUUGCUGCAACUGUUUGGACAUACACUUAUGAGGCACCUCUAACAGUUUCAUAUCAUUUGGAUGUAUAUAUAUUUAUUUCAUGUAAAUAGCUAUAGGAUUAAAAGUGUAAAUGUCCUUAUACAUGUUUGCUUAGGAUGAAUGAUUGAACUUGAAACCCAGCCAUCAAAGUGGGUCCACCCUGGAGGAUAUCAUAAUGUGAGGUCAUACCCUUUCUCGGUUGCUUCAUAGCAUGAUUGAAGUGUUACAGUAGUACUAAUGUUAAUGAUGAGUCCUUAAAGAGGCUCUGAUUUGAUUGUUAUUUAAGUCUCAGCUUUCAAAAGAUGCACUCUUUGUCAAUUGUUGAACAAUUUAUGAACACUAAUGAGCCAUCUACGUUUGUUGGCCUUUGACAUGCUUGACAAGAUUGGACUGAAAUGGUGAGGUAGGAUAAUCUGACCAAAGGAGACAUAUCAAGUCUCCUUCAUCCAUCCAAGAAAUUUUGUCAUUGCCAGAAACUGGAUUCCUGCUGUAAACUUCCCACCGGAUUUGUGAAUAAAACCACCUAUUUUAUGUAU